AUGCUUCUAUAUCUAUUCUCACUCACUCGUGCAGCUGAGAUUGAUGCCCAGUCAAUCACUGAAAUUUAUAAUGAAGUCCUUCAGCUCAGAAAAGAAGUCCGAGAGCUCAAAGCUCUCAUUAAAACCAAACAAACAAAUGCUUUAAGUCCCGAUCGUCGUGGAAGCUUUAGAUACUCUCGGAACGAUGAACUUCCUUCAAACGUUAUAAGCCCCGAUCGUCUUAGUAGCUUUAGAUACUCUCGGAACGAUGAACUUCCUUCAAACGUUAUAAGCCCCGAUCGUCAUAGCAGCUUUUCAUACUCUCGGAACGAUGAACUUCCUUCGGACGUUAUAAACCCCGAACGUCGUAAAAUUGUUUCAUUAAAUCUUGAAAGCAAUAAAAAAUGCAAAGGUAAAGAAAUACUCCCUGGAGAUAGAUGUCCUAAUCCUUAA